AUGGAUAUGGACGACCCUUGGGGCUCACCGUGGGCCGACGAAUUGAAUAAUGAUGAUGGUUUGGGGAUUCGAAGCAUUGACAAUGUAGCAGAUGGAAAUCAGGUUGGAAAAGCAAGUGAAGCUUUGAGAAAUAACGUUAAUGCGACUUGGGAUACUUCGGACGAUGGAUUUGGUGAUUGGGAAGAGGACACAGGGAAAAAGAAAGGGGGUUUGGGUUUGGACGGCGCAGCAGAACAAUGGGAUACACCAAGUCGUGGAAGAGAAUUGGAGGUGGUAAAGGAUGAUGUUGGAGCAUUAUCGCCUGGUUGGGGUAAUUCUUCUCCAAGUCCUGCGCGUGCAGCACCGAAAUUAUCACCGAGUCUUUUGGCAGAACCUGUUGCAAUUGUUCGAGAACCAUCUCCGGAUCCUUGGGCAAACGCGGUUCAUUCUGAGGAGUCCGCGAAGGUUGAAGACAAGCCUAAUUCAGGGGCUACAACUACAAAUCUUGACACUUUUCAAAAGGCCAUCGCAGAAGCCACUGAUGAGGACUCCGAAGUAGAGUCUCCCGAGGCAUUCGAAGCAAUUGUGCCUCAACCCGAGGAUUCCGACGAGACAAAAUUCGAGCCAGUAGAACUUCUCUCUGAUGAAACAGCUCAACCGGUAAUAGGAGGAAUGAAUACGGAUAAUGAGGAAGCAAUUGGACUAGGUAUUGAUUUAGAACCUGAGAGUGAUCUAUGCACCGAAAUCAUCGAAGACGAACAUCAUGAAUCAGACGACACUGUUCUGCCAUCGACACAGGUGCCCGAGCAUGAAUCUUCGCGACCGUCUUCUUCGCCGUCUGACAUAAGUCAUCACGAUGGACUUCUGCCAGAUUCACCACGAACAUCCUUAGAUGAAGAACCGAAAAGGUCUCGAACCAUAAGAGCUGUAUCGCCGGAUGUCCAGGAGCCAGCUAAAGAAUUCGAUGACCCAGCGAAGCAAAAAGACGAGCUUGUUGCGGAAGAUGCCAGAUUAGAAGAGGAAACUGAUGGUUCGACGGAACUGGAUAAUGAACAUGCCUCUGUAACGAAGUCGGAAGUUCUAGAGGAUGAUGGAAUAGAAGAGUUCUCCAAUGCUGAAGAGCCAGAAGUUCCAGAGGAUGAAGAAGAAAUAGAACAGAGUUCCAAAGCUGAAGAGCCAGAUGAUGACGACUUCGGAGAUUUUGGAGAUUUUGAAGAGGGGUUUUCGGAUGAUGGCGAAGAAGUUAUGGAAAAUCACAAUUCGAUUGAGCAACCCAUUUCAUCCGAAUUGGCUACACCACAAAACGAAUCUUCGAAAAUGCGCUCACCGAAAAGACCGACAGGACCCGUUGAUUUCUCUAUCGACCUGACUUCCAUGAAGACAUUGUUCGGGGAAGCCAAGGAAGAACACGAUGAAGUAGCCGAAAGGAUUUUUAUACCUGAUACUAUCAUUGCUGAUACUUUCGCAUCUACUGAGGAACGAAAGAUGUGGUAUAGAGUAUCAAGGUAUGGCACUAUGCGAAAACACAACACUGGAGACGAUGAAAACUAUGUUCGGAUCUCAUGGGCUCCAUCUCAGGUUAAGCAAGAGACCCAAAAGAUAGUGGCCAGAUGGAUGGAAGAAGAUCGAAAUGAUGGACAUGUUGGUUUUGGCGACACAAGCAAAGGUGGUUCUCUUUUUGGCUGGAAUGAUCCAAACGCACCACCUGUUCCAUUAGCAACAGUUCUUGGCUCGAAACGAAAGAGUGUGAAGCUCGAAGCGAAGGUAGCCGCUAAGGAACCAGUUGAUACUCCUAGGAAAUCGUCGAAAGAGGUAACUCGAGAUCAAUCCAGGUUCAAGUCUCGUUCACCAUCGAAACCGAGAGAACGCAGCUCGACCAAUUCAGUGGACUCGGGUGUUGAUGUAAAAGCACCGCCACCGCCUCCCGUUGCACAAUUUGGGUGGGCUUCGUCACCAGCGAUGCAGACAGCUUCUGGUUCUGGUAUUACCCCCCCAGAUACAGGAUCUUUCAUGAAAACCUUCACCCUCCCGAUGAACUCUACCCUUGGAAGUUUUGGGCAAUUAAGUCCUGCAUUACCCAGUCCAGCACCCAAAUCUCCAAUCGAACCACCCCCAAGCUUUGUCCAAGCGGUCAAGAAACCCCGACCAAUUUCAAUGCCACCCCCGUCUACAAAUAGCUCGAACGGCAAACCUGCUAAUUUAGCCUUCAUUUCUAACGAUUCAGACGAUGAUGAAAAUGAUGAUGAAUGGGGCGAAAUGGUUUCCUCGCCCAUUGUUACUGAGGCUCCGAAGUUUCCCACCCGAGGUUUGAGGCAUAAGAAGUCGAUGAGCCUUGGAGAUACACUUGCCAACUCUAUUACUCUUCCAAAUCCCCAGGUUACAAAGCUUCAAUCUGGAUUUGGUCUAAACCCAAAAUCAAGGCUCGAACAAAUUCCUGGAUCUAAAAGCCCUAUAGCAUUACGCUCCCCGCAAUUAUCCGGUACUAUUCCAUCCCCUAUAUCUUCGAAUCCCUCAUUUUUAGACUUGUGGUCUACCCCAGCCACUACUCCAGUGCCAAUUCAAUCAACUGCGCUACCCCCUCCGUCACCGGCACUGUCAGCCACAGCAUUUUCCGAUCACUCGCCACAACCUAUCUUGUCCUCACCAUUAAACACAACCUUCACAGAUACCUGGUCUCAACCUCCUCCCUUUAGCACCUCUGUAUCAGCCCCACCAAUCACAAGUAACUGGUCACAACCCUCGAGUCCCUCGAUGCCACCUCCCUCAACCAGCAUGCAGGAUCCUUGGGCGUCAGUCGAUUUCUCUUUCUUCGAUGCACCAACUCCUGCACCGGCAAUCGCAACAGGACCUGCCCCUAUGUUACUGUCCAAACAAACCACAAAACCAAGACCUCAAUCUUAUCCAGCUCCACCAAAACCUAAGACCGUUACCUUCUCUACUCCUUCGCCUAAAUCUAUACUCUCACCUCCGGUCCCUACCUAUGCAAAUCAUGAUUCAAAGACUAAAUUUGAAAUGGAGCAGGAUGAGAUUGUGAAGAGAAUCGUGGGUGGCUUGCCCAAUUUGGGAUAUAUGCUUAAACGAUGA